AUGGAAGUCACCGCUGGACAUACACAAAAUGAAAGUCAACCUGAAAUGGCUCUUGCUGAUCAACAUGUUGUGGACGCAAACUGCACAGCUACCACGAUCUCUCCACCCACAGAAGACAUCAUAACCGGCAUCAUACCCGAAAUUCUCCUGCACAUCUUCGAAGCUGGCGAUCUCGACGCGUCUCACUGCUUGGGACUGACCUGCAAGAAGAUGUACAAAAUUGGCAAGAAGCACCGCACGAUCUUGGAAGAGAACCGCGUCAAAGAGGAAGGAUACGGUGUACUCAAGCCUAGGCUUCCUCCUCGAUUUACGUUUGGUAUUGACGACGAUGAACUCAAGCCAGGAUGGCAGGUAGAUGAUCAACUGCAAGGUCCUUUCGACAAAAAAAGCCAACUCCCAGCACUUUUGAAGGAGUGGAUUGGUCCCAACCACGUCUACGACCCAGAUUUUAUGAAAACUUUCGUCCGAAAAGAGUCAUUCGCCAUCGCAAAGUUAGGGUACAUGUUGGCCGUUACAGUAUCUAUGGUUCGUCUUAUGGACGAGGAAGAGAUUGAGCUCAGAGCAAGACAAGCCGCUGAUGUCUCCGUUGGCAACGAACUGGAGGAAUAG